UGGUGCUGAGACAUAAUUUAUGAAAACUUACGAGCGUCGUAUAGCUUGUCUAGCUGACAGCGAAUAGGACGGACCAGCCAAACUUGGGGAGAAGCAUACCUAACCAAGGCGCAAAGAAACAAGGAACACUCUUCGAAUUUCAUAAAGAUCCAGACUAUUUAUUUGGUGACUGUCAAGAUGCCUGUUAUUAGAACUCUCAGCAAGGUGGCUAAGCAGGCCCUCCUGAACCCAGGAUGUGGCUGUCAGCCAAUCACAGUGGCCGUACGGACCAUCAGCUUCUCACCUCGCCAGGUCACCUCAGACGCCAGCUUCCACUCCGUGUCCUUCUCCGAGACGGACCACCCCAAGGUUCUCAUCACAGGUGGCCUUGGACAGUUGGGGGUAGGGCUGGCUAAAAGGUUGAGGAAGCGGUUUGGAAACAAGAAUGUAAUCCUGUCAGAUAUCAGGAAGCCUCCAAGCCACGUUUUCUACAGCGGCCCCUUCAUCUACUCUGACAUCCUGGACUAUAAGAACCUGCGUGAGAUUGUGGUGAACAACCGCAUCACGUGGUUGGUCCAUUACAGUGCCCUGCUCAGCGCCGUGGGAGAGGCCAACGUAUCUCUGGCUCGCGACGUCAACAUCACUGGGCUCCACAACAUCCUGGACAUUGCAGCGGAGCACGGCCUGCGUCUGUUCGUCCCCAGCACCAUCGGAGCCUUUGGGCCCACCUCACCCCGGAACCCGACCCCUGACCUCUGUGUCCAGAGACCCAGGACCAUCUAUGGAGUGUCCAAGGUUCACGCAGAGCUCAUGGGAGAGUACUACCACCACCGCUACGGCCUUGACUUCCGCUGUCUGCGCUACCCAGGAAUAAUAUCUGCUGACUCACAGCCUGGAGGAGGAACGACAGACUACGCGGUAGCCAUAUUCCAUGAUGCCGUCAAAACGGGGAAGUUUGAGUGCAACCUGAAGCCAAACACGCGGCUGCCCAUGAUGUACAUCGACGACUGUCUGCGUGCCACCGUGGAGAUGAUGGAAGCGCCCGCAGACACCCUCUCCAUGAGGACCUAUAACAUCAACGCCAUGAGCUUUACCCCUGAAGAGCUGGCUCAGGAGGUCCAGAAGCAGCUGCCGGACCUGGAGGUCACCUACGACAUCGACCAAGUCAGACAGGCCAUCGCUGACAGCUGGCCAAUGAACUUUGACGACUCUAACGCGCGGAACGACUGGGGCUGGAAACACGACUACGACCUCCCGGAGCUCGUCCAGACCAUGCUCAACUACAUCGGCUCAGACUCGCGCAUCGCACAGACCAACUGAGGGGCCAGCGGCGUCAUGCUGGAUCAGUGUUGUUUCUUUGUACAUACUGUAAAAAAAAACAUUGUUAUAGAGGAGGGAGACAUGUGGUCUAUGAAGACUUGUUAGAGAGGAGGGAGACAUGUGGUCUAUGAAGACUUGUUAGAGAGGAGGGAGACAUGUGGUCUAUGAAGACUUGUUAGAGAGGAGGGAGACAUGUGGUCUAUGAAGACUUGUUAGAGAGGAGGGAGACAUGUGGUCUAUGAAGACUUGUUAGAGAGGAGGGAGACAUGUGGUCUAUGAAGACUUGUUAGAGAGGAGGGAGACAUGUGGUCUAUGAAGACUUGUUAGAGAGGAGGGAGACAUGUGGUCUAUGAAGACUUGUUAGAGAGGAGGGAGAAACGUGGUCUGGAAAAUAGUCAACGUUUUCUCUCUCUCCUCUCUCUGUCUUUCUCUGUCUUUCUCUGUCUUUCUCUGUCUGUUUCCGUCUGUCUCAGUCUAUGUGGCAGAACCAGCUACUACAAUGUAAAGGUUGGUCGCUCGAGAAAUAGACGUUUGACUCUCCCCUUCUGGGAGGUUAGAACACACAGGGUCUGCGAGAACAUGUUUAGAUGAAACAUCUCAGAGAGGUUGACUUGCGCACGGCUAUGAAUUGUUCACUCUAUUGUACCAUUGUGACAUUUUCAAGGCAAACAAUCGGUCAAUCUUAAGUGCUUGAACCCUUCUCCUCUCUGUGGUGAGCUAUGUAAGGCUAUUGUAAAGGGGUUAACGAUUGUAUAAAUGUUUUUGAUAAGAGCUGAGAAUUCAGGUAUCAGAGGGCCUAAAUGUAUGGCCAUAAUCACAUUAAGUUGAAGUUUUACUAGCAUAUAAGCAUUGUAAUUUGAUGCAGUUUAGAGUAAAGAGAUUGAAACCCUUUAAAAAAAUGUUUUAUUUUGUAUCAUUGAACAGUUUUAAUAUAUAACCAGUUUUAAUAUCGACGUGUGGAAACACACAUCGAGUACCAGCUCACAUUUUUCUAUUAUUUUAUGUUAUUUCAGCUGGGGUUUUUUUUUUUCUCCCACUGAUUUCAUUCUUGUAUGUAUUCUGUCUGCUGGUGAUAACUGACUGGGAAUGAUGUUGACUGGGAAUGAUGUUGACUGGGAAUGAUGUCGACUGGGAAUGAUGUCGACUGGGAAUGAUGUUGAAUCAAUGUGCUCCUUGCACUGCUUGUAUGUAAAGUGUGAAUAUUCCACAAAUGACUCUCAAACGACUCCCUAGAUAGUGUCCACCAUAUUCCUUAAAUAUUCCCUAUACACUAUAAAAGGGAUUUCCCAUUUGGGAUGUGUCCUAUUUGACUGUUUCCGUUAGUUCGUAAGUGACCUGUCAGGGAUGUCCGUUUUCACUCCGUCUGUUCGUCAAAAGGGGUCCAUGUGGAUGUUAUUAAAAAAGGCAAAUGGUUUUGUGGUGGUUGUAUGUUUUUCUUGUCGGAUGCUUUUCGUUGUAAAUUAAUUCAAUGCUUUCUGUGUGUAAGUCUGGAAACAAACGUCUUUCAAUCACAAGUCUGCUUUGUCAUUACAGUAUCUCUUUGCUGUAUCCUCUUAAUAUGACGUGUAUUUGUCAGGGACCGUGUUCAACAUGCCAUUGCACCAUCUUUAUAUAGAUUUAUAUAGUUCAUUUUCAUCUGUAGUCCAGAAAACAGUCAACAUUAAAAGAGCAAUACAACCCUA